UGCGGGCGGCUCCCGGACAGCGGGGAGCAGAGUCCUGGAGGUGUCGGAGGCAGGAGCAGCAUGCACAGAGUGCGGGUAGUGCUGGGGCACCUGCCGGGGGCCUCCCGGGGAGGAGUGAGGGCAGAGUACUGCUCAGCACCCGGGGACCCCGACCAGGACAUUGUGCUGGUGCAUGGCAGGAGGACCCCGAUCUGCAAGGCCAAAAGAGGGGGCUUCAAGGAUACCACCCCAGACGAGCUCCUCUCCAGCGUAAUGACUGCCGUCCUCGGGGAUGUGAAGCUGAACCCGGAGAGAGUGGGAGAUAUCUGCGUUGGGAAUGUUUUACAGCCCGGUGCGGGGGCGCUGGUCGCAAGAGUUGCCCAGUUUCUAAGCGGUAUCCCGGAGUCGGUUCCGUGUUACUGCGUUAACAGGCAGUGCUCCUCGGGCCUGCAGGCCAUCAUCAACAUAGCAGGUGGAAUCAGAAAUGGUUCGUAUGACAUUGGCUUGGCGUGUGGGGUGGAAUCCAUGACGCUUCAAAGUGUCGGCAACCCCGGAGAUCUGAGCCCCCGCUUCCUGGACAACGACAAAGCCAAAGACUGCAUAAUCCCCAUGGGGAUUACCUCUGAAAACGUGGCCGAGAGGUUUGGGGUCUCCAGACAGAAGCAGGACGCGUUUGCGCUGACGUCACAGCAGAGGGCCGCAGCCGCCCAGAGAGCGGGGCGUUUCAAAAACGAAAUCGUUCCGGUAACCACCACUUUCACGGAUGAUCAGGGGAACCAGAAAACGAUCACCGUGACGGAGGACGAAGGCAUCAGAGCCGGGACCACCCUGGAGGGGCUCGGCAAGCUAAGGCCAGCGUUCAAAGAAAACGGGACCACCACAGCCGGAAACUCCAGUCAGGUCAGUGAUGGCGCGGCCGCCGUGCUGAUGGCCAAACGCUCCGCUGCCGCGCAGUUAGGACUUCCCAUCAUGGGUGUGCUGAGGUCGUACGCCGUGGUCGGAGUUCCCCCCGAUGUCAUGGGAAUUGGACCAGCUUAUGCCAUACCUGUGGCCCUCGAGAAAGCAGGUCUCUCCAUACAUGACAUCGAUGUGUAUGAAAUAAACGAAGCGUUUGCCAGCCAGGCCGUUUAUUGCGUGGAGAAGCUGGGAAUCCCCCCGGAGAAGGUGAAUCCCAACGGGGGGGCCAUCGCUCUGGGACACCCCCUGGGCUGCACGGGGGCCCGACAGACGGUCACGCUGCUCAACGAGUUAAAACGCCGGGGCCGGAGGGGGUUUGGCGUUGUGUCGAUGUGCAUCGGAACAGGAAUGGGGGCGGCUGCCGUGUUUGAAUACCCAGGAAAUUAACCCCAAAAUGGCCACGAGACCCCGCAGACCAGAUGAACGGGGGGCCGCGCUCUUAAUACCCGCACUGGAAGGAUAAUUGUUUUUCUUUAAUUUAAAGCGCAUUCAGAUUUUUCAUUUUAUUCUAAUAACCAAUCGGAGAUUCCCAUCCGUACUAAAAUAUCCCGGCUAUUAUGGGGGGGGGGGGUAUUUGGGAGAGACGGAUUUUCUGCGUCCUGCUGUAGUUUGUAUUUUUUAAUACAAUUGUUGCAAAUAACGUGUACAAUAUAUAUUAAUUUUGAUAAUAAA